UGCACGUUUCGAGCGAUCAGCAGCACCGGUUGAUUUGCAGGGAGGCCCGGGAUUACUGUCACCUCUGGAUAUUGAUACUGCGGCAAGCGUUAAAGCAUCUCCUGAGCAUCCCGCCGCAUCCCCGGUGCAGGGUGAGGAACAUGAGCUGACACGGAACCGACUUAAAAAAAAUGAGGAUUUUUAUCAUUGCGACAAAACAGCUCUGUCACUAGCUAUGGUGAGAUCACCACCACGUCCACUUGAUCUUGCGCAUCUGGACACACACUGAUCUCGCGUUAGUGCCCUUGGAUCGGGAUACCAUCAUGAACUCGCUGCUUUUCGCCGACGCGCUAAUGCUCGGGAGCGGCUCCGGCGCGAGCGCCCUGCGCGACGACCUGGGCUCGAACAUCCACGUGCUGAAGACGCUGAACGUGCGCUUCCGCCGCUUUCUGGCCCGCGUGCACGAGCUCGAGCGCAAGAACAGGGUGCUGGAGAACCAACUGAAGCGCGCCGUCGAGAAGGUCUCCUUUCACCCGCUGUUCACGCGCGACGUGGCCGUGCAAACCGACUCGACCGAGCCGAGGCUGCCGGGCACCAUCUGGAGCUUCACGCACGUGAGGCGGCGCGGGGAGCGCGUGGAGACGCUGCAGGGACCCGGCGUGUCGUGGUCGCACCCGGACGGCGUGGGGGUCCAGAUAGACACCAUCACACCCGAGCUCAGGGCGCUCUACAACUUUCUGGGCAAAGUCAGGCGCGAGCGGGACGAAUACAGGGUCAAGUGGCAGGAGGAGCUGUCUAGACGAGAACAGUUGGAAAAAAUGUUGGAGACGAUGCAAGUGAGCGCUCAGGAGUCGGAGGCCAUUCAGGAAGAUCUGAAGAAUAAAGUGGAGAGAUUAAAAGGCGAACUGGUGGUCUUUAAAAGCCUUAUGAGCGAUCAAAUGUCAGAGCUGGACACUAAAAUCCAGGAGAAAGCCAUGAAAGUGGACAUGGACAUCUGCAGGAGAAUCGAUAUCACAGCAAAAUUAUGUGAUGUAGCACAACAGAGAAAUUCUGAAGACAUCAUUUUCAACGUCAGCCCCUCAAGGGCCACAGCGGGGCCAGUGGCCUGCAGGAAAAAAGAGAAAAAGACUUUGUCAGAUGAGGAAAGCUCAGAGAUGGAUGCAGAUCCAAGCACGUCCGAAGAGGAAGCAGCCGGACCGCUCAACAUUACGGAUGAGAUGAAGCGCGUGCUCAACCAGCUACAAUGCUCAGAUAACUCAUUUGUUGCCAGGCGGGAGACUUUUGAAAUUGACGAUGAUUGUGACAGUUUAACUUGGGAAGAAAAUGAGGAAACGUUGCUGUUGUGGGAGGACUUCGCCAACUACAACGUGCCGUUCAUCAGCACCACAACCAACGGUGCAGACUGUGGAGGAAGCAGCCAGGAAGCUGAUUGCAGUUUAGGAAGUCUUAUUGAUGAGACCGAGACACUCUUCAAGACCAGGGAAGAGGAGUACCAGGCAACAAUCGGCCAGAUCGAGAUGGAGUUGGCUACAGCUAAGAGUGACAUGAAUCGGCACCUUCACGAGUACAUGGAAAUGUGCAGUAUGAAGAGAGGCUUGGACGUACAGAUGGAGACGUGCAGAAGAAUGAUCAAGGGGGGGAGAAACUCUCCAUCCAUCAGCUCUGUGGCGAGCAGUGACUCAGGGAACACUGAUGAGAUCCAGGAUGAGUUGGACAAGGACGGAGAGACAGAGGGGGCAAUCAGCUGAUAUUUACCCAACCGGGUCACACCCUCCUCUCACCGAGCUCCUAUCCACUCCAAGGCCAAUCAGCAUUCGGCCAACAGUAUCAAGCAGGAUCAGUCCAAAGGAACUCUGAUGGACAGGUCCCAUUCUCCUGUAGGUGCUUUAAAGUCUCAUUUCUGGUGGGGAAGGUGAAGAGGGAAGUUCUCUUGCCUCUCGAGCAUUGUGCCUCUGCACUGAUGUCCUAGGGUGUUCUGUCAGUCAGAUCAACCUGACCAAUAUCAAGUAUCACACACAACCAUUUCACAGAGCAGGCAAACCAAACCAUGCUAUUUAAACACAAUCAUUUACAUUAACAGUAUCAAUAUCAAGAUGCCACAGUCAAAGAGCCAUUUCGCAUGUCUGUACCUUUUCCGUACCUUCAAGUGUGGUUGAUAUCUAUUAAGAUGCCAUAAUGAUUAUAUUUUCAGUCUUUUCUACUUGCUGUAUGAUUCAGAAGGCAGAACAAUAGCUUUGAUGGUGUUUUUGCUGCCUGUAUUUAAGAAAAACCCAGUUGUGUGUGUGUG